CGGCGAAAUUGCGCUCUGACUGGAAAAGUCGUGACACGAAAAAUCAUUUUUGGGAUUUAACUGGGCGGUAGUGAGUGUGCGAAUUGUGGGAAAUUUCGGUGAAAUAUAUCUCGUUAUGCAAUAAUCGACUCACGUCGUACCCACUUCGUUUUCAUCAGCCAUCUUGGUAUUUCAAUCAAAAGGUUCGACGAACAAUUUCCAUUGUCUGGUGUAGAAAAACCAGAGAUAAAUUAAAACAAUACAGUCGAGAUGGCGUUAAAAAGAAUUAACAAGGAGCUGCAAGACUUGGGCCGAGAUCCGCCUGCACAAUGCUCAGCAGGACCCGUUGGGGAUGAUCUUUUUCAUUGGCAAGCAACAAUUAUGGGACCGCCUGAUAGUCCGUAUCAAGGAGGUGUGUUUUUUCUAACAAUCCACUUUCCAACAGAUUAUCCGUUCAAACCGCCAAAAGUGGCUUUUACAACACGUAUAUAUCACCCGAACAUAAACAGUAACGGAUCAAUUUGUCUCGAUAUACUAAGAUCUCAGUGGUCACCAGCAUUAACUAUUUCAAAAGUUUUGUUAUCUAUUUGCUCUCUGCUCUGUGAUCCAAAUCCAGAUGAUCCUCUGGUACCAGAGAUUGCCAGAAUAUACAAAACCGACCGAGAAAAAUAUAAUGAGCUGGCCAGAGAGUGGACAAGGAAGUAUGCUAUGUGAUGCGUUCCACGAGAAGAAUUGAUCCGUCAUAUAAUAAUAUUAAUGAAUCAUGGAGUAAUAUUAUUAUUAAUGAGACAACACAAAAAAGAACAACAAAAAUUGGCAUAUGAAUACGAGGAGGAUGAAAAUCAGGAUGUGAAGAGCAACAGCGGCAAGAAUGAUAAUAAUUCACAGAAUUUAAUGCAAUUUUUUUCUCCGUAGAAUAUUUUUUUGAUUUUGUGAAAAUCCACUUGAAAAUUGAAAUUUGUCCAACUUUUCUCUACUUUUCUGUUUUUUAACUGUUAGAGUGCUUUGCAAACUCCAUUGAUGAAAUAUAUUGUAAAACGUGUGAAGAGAGAAGAAUAGAGAAAAUUGUCAUUAUAAAAUCACAUCCUCACCUUAGUUUAAUGAUAUAUGAAAGAAUAUGAAUAUUAGAAUGAUGAAAAGACAUCAAAGGUUAUUUCACAAUUUAAGUCUUUCACGAUUUUUUGUCAUAAGAUGGAUUUUUUAGUUAAUUUAUAAAGAGACCGGCAUUUAAGAUGAUAUAAAAGCAGAUAUAUGAUGAAGAUUUUAAUGGGAAAAUGAUUGAAAAAAAAACCACCACCAAUAAAGAUAUAUGUAAUUAAAAAAUAGUAAAUGCGAAAUUAAAAUAAAUAUAAAUUGAAGUUUAGACGUGUGAAAAGCUCCCCUCUGAAAGAAAUACUGAUGAAAUUAACGCCUCAACGCUUCUCUUUCGUUGGAUUAACCCAUUUUUUCUGUGAGAUGAGUAGAAAGAAAUAGAAAACUCCGGUUUUGUAGCAACAAUUUAGUUUUGUAUGAACAAUAGGUGAGCAAAUUAUUGCCAAAGUACCAUGUAAAAGCAUCGAAUUUUGUUAGUAAUUGGUUUUUCCACUAGUUUCAAUUAUUUUAUCACGAUGUGAAGGGAAUUCGCUAAUGAUUUAAUCGUAGUUUAAUUUCUCCAACUUCUUUUUGACUUUCUGUUCUCCUUAAGCGUCGUCACACAAACCUUGAAAUAUUCCAAUUUUCAGUCUCUAAAUUCCAAGAAAAGAACAACUAAAAAGUUUCCUUUUUCAAUUAUGCUAAAUCAUACAUUGUAACAUAUAAAUUUUAAAAUAUAUAAUAAAAAUAUAAUAUGUAUUAGUGAUUGUGAACACGAGAAACUUGUAAUUAGACCAUCAUUGCUCUAAAAGAAAAAAAAUACAUAAAAAUCUUAUUAAUCUUAAAAAAAAAUAUUUCUACUGAGAUUAAUGGAAAACACACUUAAGAAAAAUUUAUUGGGAAUAUAAAGUAAUUAUGAAUGAUGAAAACACUGUAAAAGAUUCUUUUUGUGAAAGUGGAUUUUUUUAAAGGGAUAAUUUAUAGAUUGGAGACGAAUUAGUGAUUUUUUUUGUAAUACUUUUUAAUUUAAUUUUACAUCCGCGGUACUUAUUUGAAAGAGAUGGAAAAAAGAGGAAAUAAAACUGACCUAAAAAUGAGUGAAGAGUUUGAAGGAGAAAGAGAAAAAUCAUUCAGUGUUUAGAAAUAAAGUUGAAAUUCAUUUUUCGAUAUAAAAACGAUGGAAUUAAAAGAAAACAUUGACGAGAAGAAAGUGAAAAGCGUUUUUCAUAUUCCUAUAUUUGUUGUUGGACUGCUCUAACUAAAUGUGUUGCAAUUAAAUUAGUAAUAAUAUUAUAGAAUGAACAACUAUAAGAGAACGGAUGAAAAGGAAGGCAAAGUAAAAUUAUGAAGAAAAAAAACAUUGAAAAAAUGAGAUGAAAUUUAAACACACAAACUCAGAAGCAGAAAAAUUUGAUUUUGUAGUCGAAAUUUUAUUUCAAUUACAAAUAACACACAA